GUUGGCAGAACUGGAUUUUCAAAACUGAAUUUUCCGGUUGAAUAGUGGCGCGAUGUCGUUGGAGGUAGAAAACGAUUUGAUACGAGUAAAUAACCAAUUGUGUGAUUUCUCGAGGGAUGGAAGAUUUUUUGCAACUGCAUACCAGACAAAUUUAACAAUAAGAGAUUACAAAAAAUUCGAUAUUAUCCAUUCGUUCGUAUUUCCAGACAUAAUCGAGUAUAUAGAAUGGUCUAGAAAUAGUGAAUAUAUACUAUGUGCAAACAUAAAAAAAACUAUUGUUCAAGUAUAUUCUAUUCGUUAUCCUGAAUGGAAAUACAAAUUGACAGAAGGCAGUGCUGGUUUAGAAAGUGUUACUUGGUCCCCUGAUAGUAAAUACAUUUUAACAUUAUCAGAUUUUAAUAUUCAGAUAUCUAUAUGGUCUCUGGAGAAUCAAAGUGUAACUCAUAUACAAAAUGUGAAAUCUUCUUUCAAUAAAUUAUAUUUUACUCCAGAUGGUAAUAAAUUAGCAGUAGUAGUUUCAAUUGAAGGUAAUAAUAAUAUUGAAAUUUAUAAAACUGAUACCUGGAAAUUAAGCAAGAAAUUGAUAUGCGGACGUUUGAAUAGUAUCGAUGGAUUGUGCUGGUCUCCGAAUAGCGAAUUGCUAUGCAUUUGGUCUUCUUUUAGCAACGAAAUGAAAUUAAUUAUUUAUUCGAGCACGUUCGAAAAGGAUAUUGCAGUAUUUCAUCCUGCGCAGACUGUAAAUUUAUCUGAGAUGGAAUAUACAAACUACAAAGAUUUAAAAGGAAUUGAAAAUGUAACGUGGAUGCCCAGUGGACAGUUAUUAGCUGUAGCAGGAUUUAAUGAAAUGGUCGUAUUAUUAAAUCACGUAACAUGGAAAUCGCUUUUACAAUUAUACCUUGAACCGGUAAUUAGUGAAAAUUAUUUGAACAAAGUAUACGAAGAACGCGUAAUUCAAUCAAAAUUUUCCAAUAAAAAUGCGAGUUAUUAUGAUAAACAUAUUUUGGAAGAGAAAUCGGAACGACCAAUAAAUAUAAAAAUUGGAAGGAAAAAUAUUACUGAGAGAUUGUCAAUUGCGAAAUUCGACAUUUUAGAAUUUAGUUCUUGCGGACAGUAUCUAGCUGUGAAACAUCAACUUUAUCCUACAACAUUGUGGAUAUGGAACGUUAUUGACGAUUAUCUCGAUUAUCUGCUUCUUGAAAAUACUAUCGUAGCUGCAAGAUGGAAUCCUACACGUGCUCAUCUUCUGGUAUUUUGCGAGUGUAUGUAUGCAUUUGAAUGGACACCAUAUAAUGCGAAUUGUUUAACAAUCCCGCGAAAUAUCACAGUAUUAGACGCACGAUGGCAUCCUAGGGGAAAUCUCUUAUUGCUUUGUGGUUAUAAUAAAGCGAUUAUUUACCAUAUUGAAGAUAAAUGACGAAUUAUUUGAAUAUAACAAAUAUAACAAUGUAUAAUAAAAAUAAAAUUCUACUAAUUUAGUUUCAA